UUUUACAUUAAUUAAUAAGUGCUUAUAUUAAUUUUGUUUAUAAUUCUUUAUUAUAUGAGAGAAGAUAUUUUAACUACUAACUUUGUAACAAUUUAAAUUUUAUGACACGAAAUUAUAGAAUGGCAUCAGAUAUAGGUCCAAACUGAAUACUUUUUUGAUUAUAGUGUUUCCGAUCGAAAUAAAUUGUGACAUUCGAAGUUUAUUAUUGAAAGCACACAAGUUUCGUAAAUUGUAUUUGUGAAAGGAAGUGAAAAAGAAAGAGAAAGUAAUUUUUACUGUUACUAUAUAUUGAAUUCACUUCUCAAAAUGCCACCUGAUUCUAAAAGAGAAGAAUUUAGAAAAUAUCUGGAAAGAGCAGGAGUGAUGGAUGCUCUUACGAAAGUACUUGUGUCUUUAUAUGAAGAACCAGAAAAACCAGAUGAUGCUUUAGAAUAUAUUCGUCUAAAUCUAGGAGGCAUCACAGAAGUUGAUGUGGAAGUACAAACAUUAAAAAAAGAAUUAGAAGAAGCUAAAGCCAAAAUCAAUGAGUUAAAGACAAAGUUGGUGAAAUAUGAAGCAGAUGAAGGAACAGAUUAAUUCACGAAGAUUUAGUUAUAAUAGGAUACUAGUCCCUGCUGGACACUGACUUUUACAGAAAGUCAGAUCGACUAUGUGCCUUAAAAAUAGAUAUAGCAAAUCACUUUCUGAUACAGUUUAAAACAUAAGAUAAAUUAAGUUUCAUGCAAAUUCCAUUAGUUAUAAGCCUAUUUCUUAUCAUGUUCACAAAAGUAUAGAUGAUACUUUUUAUAUUUGUUUUUUAACAAAAUUAUACGUGUUUAUAACAUAAGAUCUAGUUUGUAAUUAAAGUAUACAAACAGGAUGAUAAAUUAGAAAGUAAAAAUCAAAUUAAAUUUUUUGGUUUGUGAUAUUUCUGAUAU